GCCCGCGUCGCCUCCGAGAAGCGGGGGGCGGGCGGGCAGGCAGCGUCCUCCUUCUCCACUCCCCGGCCGGGCUUCCUUCCUUCCCUUUGCGGGUCGGUGGCCUCUCUGCUGGAGGGAGGGACGCGGGCGGGGAGGAGGGAGGCUGAGCCGCUUCUCCAGCGCCACCGCACCGACCGCAGCAGGAAACCUUCUGAAGGUUUGGAUAAGAUAAGAAAUCUAUUGAGGAGGACACUGGCAGUAAAUGUUGACCCUAAGGUACUCUGAAUUGACUGCCUAUUGAAGAAGAGAGAAAUGGUGGGAAAAUACCUUUCAGGAAGAAAAUGCAGUUUUGUUAUAGUUAAAUUAAUCCUGCCAAUGUUACACAUGUGCAGGUUUUAACCAAAGCAAACGAACAUCUCAUCUUAACUAUGAACAAAAAGUAAUGAUAAUUUUCACUUAUUGACUCUUACAAGUGCCAAUAUGUAUCAUUCCAUCUCUGAAACAAGACAUCCUUUGCAGACAGAAGAACAAGAAAUAGGCAUUGAUCCCUUGCAGAGUUUUGUAAAUAAGCCUGAAGAUGAUGCAUCAAAUGAAAAUGGAAGUAUUCACCACAGUUCAGAUUCUGAUGGAAGUUUUCUUUCCUAUAGUAAAGAAUGGGAAGCAUUAUUUGUAAACAACAAUUACUUGGCAACAAUACGGCUGAAGGGGAUUAAUGGGCAGCUGAGAAGCAGCAGGUUCCGUAGUGUUUGCUGGAAGCUAUUUCUGAAUGUUCUUCCUCCUGAUAGAAGUCAAUGGAUCAGUAAAACAACAAAAUUACGAACAUUGUAUGACAAGAUUAAAGAAAUACAUAUUACAAAUCCCAGGAAAGCUGGACAGCAAGACUUGGUGAUCAAUAACCCUCUUUCUCAGGACGAAGGGAGUCUCUGGAACAAAUUUUUUCAGGACAAAGAACUUCGGGGAAUGAUUGAACAAGAUGUGACGAGAACGUUUCCUGAAAUGCAGUAUUUCCAGCAAGAGAAUGUGAGAAAGAUUCUUACAGAUGUUCUCUUCUGUUAUGCUCGGGAAAAUGAGCAGUUACUUUAUAAACAGGGCAUGCAUGAACUCUUAGCACCUAUUGUGUUUAUUCUUCAUUGUGACCACCAAGCUUUUCUACAUGCGAAUGAAGCUGUACAACCAAGUGAAGAAAUGAAAGUUCUCUUGAACCCUGAAUACCUAGAGCAUGAUGCCUAUGCCAUGUUUAUCCAUCUUAUGAAAACAGCAGAACACUGGUUUUUAACCUAUGAGCAUGAUGGUCAAAAGGAUAAAGACACAAUGAUGACACCUGUUCCAUUUGCAAGACCACAAGAUUUAGGUCCAUCAAUUGCUAUUGUAGCAAAAGUAAACCAGAUUCAAGAUCAUUUGCUAAAGAAACAUGAUACUGAGCUCUACAUGCAUUUGAACAGGCUAGAGAUUGCUCCACAGAUUUAUGGACUACGAUGGGUAAGACUUCUCUUUGGACGAGAAUUUCCUCUUCAGGACCUUCUUGUGGUCUGGGAUGCUUUGUUUGCUGACAGCAUCACCCUGGAUUUAGUUGACUACGUUUUCUUAGCCAUGUUGCUAUAUAUUAGAGAUGCUUUGAUAUCAAGUAAUUAUCAGACCUGUCUGGGACUUCUGAUGCAUUAUCCACCCAUUGGAGAUGUACACUCACUCAUCUUGAGAGCCCUUUUUCUCAGAGAUCCAAAGAGAAAUCCAAGGCCUGUGACUUACCAAUUCCGACAAAAUUUAGAUUAUUACAAAGCGUGUGGUGCAGACUUGAUGAAUAAAACUCGUGUCGGUGCUAAGGUUGCGCCACUGAACAUAAACAAAGUUUCCAAUAGCUUAUUAAAUUUUGGCCGAAAGCUGAUUUCCCCAGCCUUGGUUUCAGGUGGUGCUACAGUGCCAGCUGCAGGUAGCAGCGGAAGCUUUCCUUCUUCUUCAGCAGUACCUAUUAGGAGUGCAGUGGACCUUCCGCAGCAGCAGCAGCAGCAGCAGCAAAGAAUGAUGAAAUCUGAAAGUAUGCCAGUUCAUCUAAGCAAAGGAGAUGUAGUUACAGGCAGUGAUGCCCAAGUGUCAGUUCCUGUCCAGAACCUAAGUGCUCUCCAAGCCACAGUUGCAACAGCAACUCAUGGGCAGGGUUCAAAAAAUGUCAGCUCUUCUCCAAGCAUUGAAAGUUUGUCUGGAGGACGGGAAUACACAGGGUCUCCACCUUUGUCGGCAACCAAGAAAGAGUCCUUUUUCAGUACUAUUUCCCAUUCUCGCUCUCACAGUAGAAGUAUGAGCAAAAAGGAGUCAGAAGAAGAACUGGAGGCCCAGAUUUCAUUUCUCCAAGGACAACUGAAUGAAUUGGAGGCCAUGUGCAAAUAUUGUGCAAAGAUGAUGAACACACAUCUGGGAAAUAUUCAGGAAGUCAUACUUCAGGAGCACUUAGAGAAAGAAGAUGAAAUUCUAGUUUCCCUGGCUGCAUUGAAGCAGAUCAAGGAUAUUCUGAAAGGUUCCCUGCGUUUCAAUCAGAGCCAGCUGGAGGCCGAGGAGAAUGAACAGAUCACAAUAGAAGAUGAUCACUACUGCUCCAACAAUCAGAGCAAGGGGGCUGCUGGUUCUGCAAAAGAGCUUUCCGUCACAAAGCAGUCCCGCCCUCCAGUGCAGCAGGAUGUUUUUGGCACAAGUGGAAGCUCUGACAACAAGCACGGUGAUGACUAUAUCCUGGUUUCCAAAGAAGAGGAAGGAAAUGUUAGCGGUGCUCUUGAGCAUGUGCAAACUGUGCCACCAUGCAAGGAAGCUACCACAAAGAGUGAGGCUCUUUGUCGCUCUUCUUUAGCCUUUUCAGACCCACUGAUGGGUUCCAUGUCUGCCUCUUCUAGUAACCUCAGUUCCAGCCCUGAUGAUGACAGCAGCAACAACAGCAAGGAUUCUGACUUUACCAUAGUGAGCCCCCUGGAAAUUUAAGCAAGCUGUUUAGGAAAAGCCUCUGAGGCUGGUUAUGAGUGACUUCCCAGCACAUCUGCUGAUGGUUCCACAGAAUCUGGGGACUCUGAAUCUGGGAUGACUCCAGAUUCCUAAAGCCAAAAUAUUCAGUCAAAGCACAGAUGUGGGAAAGGCUAUCCAUUUCAAUAUUUUACGAGACAUUUUUUUAAAGCAGGUUGUCAUCAUGACUGCCUUUAAAACAUGCACAUGUUAAUAUCAAGAUCUACUGUAUGGCUACAGGUACUUGUAAGUUUACUUUGUUAGCAGCAUCCUGGAAUACUGAAGUAGUAACUUGUAAUCCCUCAUCACAGAGUAGCACACAAUACGUGAUCUGAUGGGUUGACAGGUGAGCGAGCACCUUGCCAGAAUACGAAGAAAGCAGAUACUACUAGAUUAUUUGGUCUCAGGAGAGCAUAAGAUACUCCUUCUAAAAUAUGUCAGCUAGAAAGAAGGAGAAAUACAUUUUUAAAGGUUUCAGAGAAAUACUCUGACUGUAAGAUAGGUUCUGAGGCAAAGGCUGACCUCCCAAACAUUUUCCCGAAGAUACACUGAAUUUACACAUGGCAGAAAAAACAGAUCAAUAUUAAUAUCAGGCAAACUGAAAGCAACCUUGUAAGGUAAUACAAAUUAAGUGCACAUCAGACUCUCCUUGAAAUACUUAAGGAGCUAGCAAUACAAACUUGGCCCCCAAUAUUUUUAAGCUUAGCAAAUUUAAUUGUGUAGUUUGUCCAGAAUGUAUUAGGACAGCUUUUUCACCACAGCUGGACAGCUGGACCACCAGAAUUCUCUCAGUCUCAGGAACUAAAGUUUAUAAUGCUGUAUUAUUAUUCCUUGACCUUGCUGAAAGAGUUCCCUGUUGUGCUUUUGGAUUUUGAAUGUUUGCAUCUCCACAGUAUCCCCACAAAGGGCGUUUACAAUUCCUAGUACUUUUGAUCUCAAUGAUGUCCUGUUCCACUGAAGAACCAGUUUCUCUCUCAGUAUUGUAGCAUGCUUAAAUAUUUCAGAAAGCAUCUUAUCCUGAUAAGAAGCAAAAUCCAAGGUAAUUUAAUAUUUUAGUGCCCAGCACUAAUUCACAGUGAAUAACCUUUAACAGGGUGCUGCUAACGUACCCGCCUAGCUCCUAGAAUCUCUUUUCAAAGUAGUCCUUGCUCUGAAUUCCACCUCGACAUUUAUGAGAAUAACCAGAUGGUAACUUCAUUGAAGAGCAGCAAUUCUGGACUUUACCAAGACAAACUCUCCCUUUGUGUUAGGCUCUCUCUUCAGAGCCAACAGUGCUAAACUGUGUAGCAAGCAUUGCCUUAGACUGUACUGGUUGAUUGCACUGACCGCAAAGAAAGAAUUUGGGGCUGGUAAGAAGCAGAGUAAUAGGCCCAAGUCUUUUCCCUGUUGCAGAGCUUUUACCUUAUCAUGGCAUUGGUCCCAAGCUCCUUAAAUGUGAAGCUAUUUGGCUUGCAGGCUGGACACAGAAGAACUACAAGGGGAAAGUGGGCCCAUAUAACAAACUGCAUUUGUCUAGCUAUUCAUUAUUGUAUGCAAAUAUACCAUGAGAAGAUUUAUCCAGGUCUGGUCAAGAGAAGAGGUCAGCAGCAGCUCAAUUAUGUCAGGCUCUAAAAAGACCUAAUUUGUUUUUCUGCUGCACUUGGAAAGGAAAGUCUCUUGCCAACAAAAAGUGUAACGUAAAAUAAGACUUCAAGACCCUUGGUGGGAACAAAAAAAAAUGUUAGUGUAGAUGCAGCCUAUUUGGGGUGGCCACUGUUUUCUGGAAAGAGGCCUGAGAAAGGUACAAGUAGCAAGCUGUGCUUGUGCUCUGUGGGUGGGUGUGUUGAUGUUGUUUUACUAAGCACACACAGAAUAACUAUGUAACCAUGUAACUGUAAUUGGAGGGUAAGUGAUAGGCCUUGAAGAUGUUAAUGAUGAUUAAUAGUAAUUGUAACUCACAUUAAGGAUACUUCUGCCCAUCCAUCUGUAGCGUGAGUCAUGCUAAACCAAAUUGCAGCCUGACCCCACAUCAAUGAAGAACGUUGUUACAAACAGCUCUCCCGAGAAUAUUAUUCCAGUUUCUUCCUGCACAGUACUGACUGCUGCAGACCAAGUGGGGUUUUGGUAUGGGUCAGGUGUGAAGGGUGAGGGAGGAAUAAACAAUGUAAAAUCCAUAAUAGCUCUUUGCCCCGAAGAAAAUGAAACAACGUGUUUGGUGAGCUGGCUGUCCCAGAACUGAAUGGUUUUCUCAGAAUUCAAUUGGGGCUGAAAUGCCACGGUUCUCUUUCGUUAGUUUUGAAUCCAUUAAUGACCUGGGCAAAAGACCAAAAUUAGCAUAUAAUUGCUUUUACAUGAUGACGGGUUCAAGUUGAGAUACUCAGACAUAACUGAGUUAUUCUUCACUGGAAGAUUUCCCUGUGCAUUGUAAAAGUGGAAAGUAACACUGAGGUGAUGUGCACAGAGCUAAACCGUGUGCACAAUUUAUAUUAUAUAUAGAAUAAUGGACAUGCUAGAGCCUUGGAUGCAAGAAUUAAAACAUACUAUGGUAAUGCGAGAUUUCUGUGCCAGCUUAAACUUAAACCUAGCACUCCCUCUCAUUUGGGCUUUCACAAAACCACCUCAGGAUUCUGCCUGGUGGCAGGUCUGUUUAAUUUCAUUGACUCUUUAAGGAUGAUAACAGAGGAUUACAUGACUAGUGAUUAAUUUUAAUCUUUACACUGUUACUAAACUUACUCCUUUCCCCCUAGAUUUAUUGCUACUGUGGCUUAGGAACAAAUGCCAUCAGGAGCAGAUUGCUAUCUAAAAGUGCAAGAAACAGACUGUAUUUCAGCACGUGGGGAAAGAUUACUGAAUAUGUUUUGUUAAUUUUUUAUGUUUGAUUUCUCUUUUUUUGCCGACUACUGAUUGCAGGGAUCAUAUUUUUGUUGUCAGAACACUAUCAGUGCCAUUCAUUAAUAGAGUAUGUUUGAAAUACAGUUGAAUUUUUUUUAUCUUUAGGGGAUUUUUUUUCAAGAUUUGCUAAAAAAUAGCAUAUAUUUACUUCCUCCAUGCCUGUAAUUAUCUAUGGUUUCAGAAAAUAAUGAUGAUUAAAACUGAUGGAAACAAAGGAAACCUUGGUGAGUCUAUUAGAGCAGUCUACUUUGGUAAUGUCAUGUCCCAAUCUAUCUUAAUAUUUCAAUUAUAGACUGGAGUCUGCUGUGUGAUAGUACUGGAAGUGUUUGGCUUUUGUAUACAUAACAACAACAACAACAACAACAACAACAACAACAACUCAUCAUGCUUUGCAUUAGGUUUAUACUAAGAGGGCGGUUUCUACUUUAAGUUUCAAGUUUAUUCUUUCUUCUAAAGGUAACCUCAUAUUGUCCAUGGAUAAUGGUAAUCUGGGAAAAUAAUACACGGUAUAAAUUGCUGAUUAGUGCUAAUGUAUGGGACUCUAAAACCUAUUAGAGGCACAUUGGAUUUUUUUUUUUGCAUCUAUACCAUAUAUGACUGUCUCAAGUGUUAUGCAUGUAAUGUAAUGUCAUGUCAAUUACGUUACUGCAGAAUGCUGCUGACCAUGUAUUGACUGUGUGCUCAUUUAGCUCUGGAAAUGUGUAUCUUUCCUCUAGAAGAAUGUCCAGCCUACUUUAUUAAAGAAAGAACUAACGUGCAAACUCUUA